UCAUGGAAUGCCAGCAUUCCACGCUGGCCCGGAGUUCUAGCCCCAAUGUUUAUUGGGGAUGCCUUCAAGUCCAGCACUAGUGUUAGAAUAGCAAGAAACAAGAUGGGUUCGCAGCAGUUCUGUUUAAAAUGGAACAACCAUCAGUCGAACAUGCUGACGGUGUUCGAGCAGCUCCUAUCGAACGAAGCCCUCGUCGACGUCACGUUAGCCUGUGAGGGCCUCAGCCUCAAGGCGCACAAGAUGGUUUUGUCAGCGUGCAGCCCCUUCUUCCAGGCGUUAUUCGUCGAAAACCCAUGCAAACACCCCAUUGUGAUUUUAAAGGACAUGCGAUAUGUGGACUUGAAAGCUAUCGUCGAGUUCAUGUACCGUGGCGAGGUGAACGUCUCGCAGGACCAACUUUCCGCCCUACUCAAAACGGCAGAGACUCUGAAAGUCAAGGGACUCGCGGAGGUCACCGGCGAGAACAGGCAAGGUCUAGUUCCUAUUGGCACGACAGCGACGGAGGCAGACGCGAAAGGAUCGACGCCUCGGGCGGAAAGCCCGCCUUUGUCAAAACGAAAAAGAGGAAGACCAAGACGACGUUCGCCUAGCGACUCCAACAAGAGCGACUCCGAGGACCAAGGCGGCAGUGCUGUGACGCGUGUGAAAGGGGCUCCGGAAAGCCCCGAAAUCAUCGAGGACGGAAGUUUGUCUAGUGAUCGGUUAGCGGUGCCUUCUCCGGCCAAGAUUCCGGCGACGACUAAUAAGGUGUUAAACGCGACGGCGGCAGUGUCGACGACGCGGGAGGACUCUGUGCCUGCGGACGAUGUGGGUUCACCCGAUGACGCGGACUUUGAGGUUGACGCCUCUAAUCUCAUGGAGCAGUCUAUGACGACGGAAAAUGUUCCCAUGUUUUCUGAAGUCGCAUCAUCGUCACAACUACAAGAGUCACAAACGCAUCACACAGGGUCAUCUCAUGAAAACUCAGCUCUCAUUCCUGCCUCGUUGCCUUCCGACAUCUCCAUUUCUACUCAAGACAUCAAACCUUUACCAUCUAGUUUAGUACCUUACAAUGAGUCGACGUUAUCACCGGUGGUUCCUGCCCAGCAAGCAUCCGCGUCAACCGACAGCAGUACGAGUGGCUCCAUGUUGUUUAUGGACUCCUCGGGUGUACCUGCCGUUGCCGGUCCAAGUAACUAUCACCCAGACAAGCAAACUUCCACACCAUCUCAUGGGCCCGUUAUGCCGAGACGGAGGGGACGACCUCCGUUGCUGGGACUGAGAGGACGCCCAAUUGAGCUGGAGUGUCCCAUCUGCCACAAGACAUUCUCGAACAAGAGCAACUUUGAUGGACACCUUACGAUGCAUACGCCACAGCGACGGCGCUACCGCUGUGACAUAUGCAACAAGUCAUUCCUCUGGAGGAAUAACGUUUAUGCCCAUAAACGCAAGAUCCACAACGUUCCGUCCAGUCGCGAACUCAAGUUAAACUUUCGGGCAGCGCCAUCAUUGACCAUAACAGCCACAUCAGCACCACGUGAUUCAGCGGCACUUUGUUCAGCAACGGCAUCGGAUCGGUGGAACCAAGCGAUGCUCCCUCCCGUUGGGUACUCGACAUCGCCAUCGCUACUUUUACUCCAGGCCGCCAGCGCCGCCUGGAACGAGUCCAAAGAAGCCCAAGACAAGUAGUGUAUUCGUGUUCUGUUCGUUUUAGUCCCAAAUUUUGUGCGAGCGUCAAGUAUUUUGGCAGCUGACCGUAGCAGCCGUCUUGGGAAGCGCUUCUCG